AGUCAUGGAAGGUUCUACAGCGAUUCUCUGUGACCACCAUGAAGGACUUUGGGAUGGGGAAGUGGACUAUUGAGGAACGAAUCAAGAAGGAGGCUCAGUGUCUGGUGGAGGAGCUUUGGAAAUCCCAGGGGGCCUACCUGGAUCCUCAUUUCCUCUUUAACUCCAUCAGUGCCAGCAUCGUCUGCUCCGUUGUCCUUGGUGAGCACUUUAAUUACCAGGACCCUAGAUUAUUACAGCUGCUACAUUUAAUGAAUGAAAUCUUCAUCAUUCUCUACUCCUCCUAUGCCCAGGUGUUUGAGAUCUUCCCAGGCAUCUUGAAACACUUUCCUGGCACACACACUUGCUUGUACAGCAUGAUUCAAGAAGUGAAAGAUUUUAUCACUGAGAACAGGGAAAGGCACCAGAAGAUGCUGGACCCCAGUGGCCCUAAGGACUUCAUUGAUUCCUUUCUGCUCCUCAUGGACAAGCUACGGGAGAAAUACGGGGAUGUCUUUACUGUCUACCUGGGGUCUCGGCCUGCCGUCAUCCUGUGGGGGUAUGAGGCGAUGAGGGAGGCCCUGGUGGAUCAGGCUGAGGCGUUCUCUGGCCGAGGGCACAUCGCCAUCCUUGACCCUGUCUUCCAGGGAACAGGUGUGGUCUUUGCCAAUGGAAAGUCAUGGAAGGUUCUACGGCAAUUCUCUGUGACCACCAUGAAAGACUUUGGGAUGGGGAAGCGGACUAUUGAGGAACGAAUCAAGAAGGAGGCUCAGUGUCUGGUGGAGGAGCUUCGGAAAUCCCAGGGGGCCUACCUGGAUCCUCAUUUCCUCUUUAACUCUAUCAGCGCCAACAUAAUCUGCUCCAUUGUCUUUGGUGAGCGCUUUAAUUACCAAGACCCUAGACUAUUACGGCUGCUACAUUUACUUAAUGAAAUCUUCAUCAUUCUCUGCUCCUUCUAUACCCAGGUGUUUGAAAUCUUCCCGGGCAUCUUGAAAUACUUUCCUGGCACACACACCCGCUUGUACAGCAUGCUUCAAGAAGUGAAAGAUUUUAUCACUGAGAACGUGGAGAGGCACCAGAAGAUGCUGGAUCCCAGUGGCCCUAAGGACUUCAUUGAUUCCUUCCUGCUUCGCAUGGACAAGGAGCGCUCAGAUCCUGAGAGUGAGUUUCACCAGGAGAACCUCGUUCACACGGUGCUCUCACUGUUUUUUGCUGGUACAGAGACCUCCAGCUCCACACUCUGCUUUGGGUUUCUACUCCUCCUUAAGAACCCUGAUGUCUUAGAGAAAGUCCAGGCAGAAAUCGACAGAGUGAUUGGUGCACACCGUCUCCCAGCUCUGGAAGAUCGGCCAAAAAUGCCUUAUACAGAUGCCGUCAUCCACGAGAUUCAGAGAUUCAGUGACCUAGUCCCUGUUGGUGUCCCCCACUCUGUCAUCAAGGACACUCACUUCCGUGGAUAUUACCUCCCUAAGUGCAUUACCGUGUACCCCAUCUUGAGCUCUGCCCUCCAAGACCCACGCCACUUUCAGAGCUCUUCCUCUGCUUGACCUCCCUUCUGCAGAACUUCUCCUGGGUUCUCCCAAGACCCCAGAAGACAACGACCUUAUGCUGUAGGCAAAUGUGGCAGGGAGGCCGCCCACUGUGUUCCAGGUCUGCUUCCUGCCCCACAGGGGAGGGGCACAGUGAGAAGUGGAUCAUUUCCCCUCAGAGUCCUUCCAUCCAGCCCCUGCCUCUGUCCAAAAUUAACAUGUGCAGGUUCCUGACUCCUCUCUGCUCACUCUCUUAGUGGAAGUCUAUUCUCUGGUCUCUCCUUCAUCCAGCCUGCUAUAGUCACCACUCAUCCCCAGAUGGCCCGCUCUGUUGACUGACAAUAUUUCAGGGUCAAGAAAUAUCUUCAAAAACUUAGUGUUACCACUACCCUUGGGCUUCCCAGGUGGCACAAGUGGUAAAGAACCCACCUACCAAUGCAGGAGACAUAAGAGACUGAGUUUGAUCCCUGGGUCAAGAAGAUCCCCUGAAGGAAGGCAUGGCAAUCUAUUGCAGUAUUCUUGCCUGGAGAAUCCCAGGGACAGAGGAGCCUGGUAGGCUACAGUACUUAGGGUUGCAAAGAGUUAGACAUUCUGAAGCAACUCAGCAUACAAGCACUACUGCCCCUAGCACAGUUAGGGUAACUGAGGCACCAACGGAGGGCAAGAUUUAGAUCCAAGCUUACUGGAGAAGGAAAUGGGGGACCCACUCCAGUACUCUUGCCUGGAGAAUCCCAUGGACAGAGGAGCUUGGCAGGCUAUAGUCCAUGGGGUCGCAAAGAGUCAGACACGACUGAGCUACCUCACUUUACCCAGAACAGCAGCAUCAGUACCAGGUCCUGCGCUUCCCUCCCUUGUCUCCAUCUACUCUGCACAUCCCUGCCCUUCUCCUGCCUCCUUGAAUUGAAUUGUCUUGUUCAGCCCUCAACUGCUGUGCUACGUGACUUAAUACAUCCAUUAUUUCUCUGACUUUACCCAUGACAACCAGUGAACCAUUGUCUUUCUGGACAAUGGUUAUGUCUGCUGCCUUGUUUCCCUGUCUCUUAUUUAGGUAAAAUGCACAUAUUGUAAAAUUAACCAUAAGCAUUUUAAGGUGUCCAUUUCCAUGGCAUUUUGUACAAUCAUAAUGUUGUGUAACCAUCAAUUCUAUCUAUUCCAAAACAUUUUCAUAACCCCAUAACAAACUCCAUCCCACACAUCAAUAUAAAUUGGCCAUCACAAUACUGUAAAGUAAUUAUCCUCCAAUUAAAAUUAAUAAAUAAUUUUUUUAAAAACUCCAUCCCAUUAAGAUUUCAGGUCCUGAUUCUUUUUUCUCAUAGGCCCCUGAAAAACAUCAGAAUGCUUUUUUGUGUGUAUGAAUUUACCUAUUCUGGAAAUUGCAUAUAAAUGGCAUUAUACAAUAAGUGACUAUCUCUGGCUCUUUCAUUUACCA